AUGAAAAAAUAUGCUUACGAAUCGAAUCGGUUGUGUGAUCAUGGAGUUGGGAUCGUACAAUCACCGACAGUUCUCCUUUUGGAAGCUGGUCCAGACGAAACGGAAAUAACUGACGUGCCAUCCUUAGCAGCUUAUCUACAACUGUCUCGUAUGGACUGGGCUUACAAAACUAUGUAUACGGGACGAGCGUGUUUGGGGAUGAAGAACGGCCAAUGCAACUGGCCUAGAGGCAAAGUGCUCGGUGGUUCUAGCGUACUCAACUACAUGCUUUACAAGCCGGAUGCAGGAGAUAGUAUUGGAAGGGAAAUAGAUAUAAGGAACGAAAGCAGAAAACAAAUCGUUACGGCAAAAAAAGAAGUCGUCAUGUCAGCCGGUUCAAUCAACACCCCCCAAAUCCUCAUGCUGUCUGGCGUCGGCCCUAGAGAGGAACUCGACAAGCACGGUAUCCCGGUAUUGGCAGACUUGAAAGUUGGCGAGAACCUUCAGGACCACGUCGCUAUGGGAGGACUAACGUUUAGGAUCAACAAGCCCGUUUCGAUAGUGCAGGACCGGUUUCAGGCGUUCCCGAUGACGAUGCAGUAUGUCAUGCAUAGAAAAGGACCAAUGACGACACUUGGCGGAGUUGAAGGAUUAGCUUUCGUCAACACAUAUCUAGGUAAGAAGUAA